CGCCCAAUACCUUGACACUGCAGAAGGCGCCACUAGCAAUCGAAAAAUGGGUUCAGUCUCAGGAUCAACGCUGUUGGAUUCACGCUCAGACGAGGAUAUAUUGGCCGAACUCCAGACUUUCACUCCUGUCAACCCCGAUUCAGAGAGAAACAUUUGGGGCAUUCUGGGACCGCGGCAAUUGCAGCCUGCAAGCCAUGGUGCCAGCGCAAUAUUAUCAGCUGGGUGCGGCGGCAUGGGAAGUCUUGGACUGUCCGCGUCCUUGACAUGGUCGACGGCUCGCCAACCCACUAUGCUAACUAUAUCCCCGACACCUCUGAGUUCUUUCCAGAGGCUUUCCUCAAGCGUCGCAUGGCGGGCACGCAUGCUGCACCUCAUGCAGCUGACUUAGUCCGCCUCCCGCUCCUGUACUUGCACGGUGGCAUCUGGGUCGAUGUUGGCAUCUGGGUCGAUGUUGGCUUCAUGCUCUUCCGUAGCCUGGAUGACCUCUUCUGGGAGAAGCUGGAAGAUCCUGCGAAUCCUUUCGAGCUCGCUGGGUUCAGAAUGACCAUAAACGACGAGAUGUCCAUGUUCUGGAAUGGGCUUAUUGCAGGGAGAAAAGGCUGCAUUGCUAUUAAGCAUUAA